CCAUCCCAUGUACCAUCUGCCUUGAAUUUGAAGCUGAAAAGAGACGGAUGAAAUUAAGUAUUACACAGAUCUUCUAAAACGGAGAAACCACGAGCUGUACACGAAGUUUCCCCACAUGUCACGAUCAAAGCACCUACCGAAGAAUCUUAUCAAAAUAAUAGCUAUAUAAGCAGUCCUUUAGCAAUCAAUCUUUCUAUAUUCUUUCUUCAUUUUGAUAUUUUGUCUUUCUUUCCUAUUCUGCAAUUACAAUGUCGCAGCUGGUGGACAAGGCGAAGAAUUUUGUGGCGGAGAAGGUAGCCAACAUAAAAAAGCCGGAGGCUACCGUCUCAGACGUGGAUCUGAGUAGCGUCCACCGUGAUCGCGUAGAAUAUAUUGCCAAGAUUUCUGUCAAUAAUCCAUACAGCCAUCCACUGCCCAUUUGUGAAGUCUCCUACACUCUCAAAAGCGAUGGCAGAGUGAUUGCAUCAGGGAAUAUGCCUGACCCUGGAUCACUGAAGGCAAGUGACAUAACAAUUCUGAAUGUGCCAGUGAAUGUGCCGCAUAGCAUACUAGUGAGCCUGGUGAGGGACAUUAGCAGAGACUGGGACAUAGACUAUGAAUUAGAAGUGGGUCUCACCAUUGACCUUCCUAUCAUUGGCAACUUCACCAUUCCCCUCUCUAGUAAAGGCGAGGUGAAGCUCCCCACCCUCUCUGAUUUCUUCUGAUACCCUCGCCUAUUCUGGCUUAUGCCUUCUUCUAUAUCUUGCUUUUGUUACCAAUCAAAGACCUUUCAUUACUAGUGUGAGAUAUGGUACUGUAAACUUGUGAAUGUUUAAACUCUGAAAGACCUGUUGUUGCUGUCUUCACACAGAUUUAUGUUUGAAUCAUUUUCUUCAUGAACGAAGAUA